AUGGCCGGCGUCAGGUCAUGUGUCCCAUCCGUGGUUCAGCCCACUGGUGCUGAGGCUCUACCGACAGUGCUGGCCGAAUUUACCAUCACUCCGAAGGUCAAAAAUAUGGUCUGCACGCUUGCCAACGCAGAUCCUGACAUUUUGCCUGAUACCGAACCCUUUAGGUGUGAUGCAGAGGCGUUGCCUAAAGUGGAAAAGUCCAGCAGCGACAGCCGACAUGAAAUCCGACGAAAAUCGGCAUUGGAUGGGCCUCCCUCCUCUUCUGACAAGGUACAUCCUGUGCGCGCACCCCCAAGUGCCGCACUCCGUCUGUCUUCGAAAAAACCCGAACAAAGUAGCCGACCACUUAGGCGCUCUGCCCACACACCCUCACGAGUGCAUGAGCAAGAGGAGGCAAAGCUGACAAGCCCGUCUUGGCAAGGCAUGUUGGAACUCAAUCCAGGGAAAGGGGACGCUGUCCGGAUUACGCGACAGCUUCAC